AUGGCAAGUGACAUCCAUAAUCAGUCUCACCUUGUGGAAAGGUCUUCCUACAUGAAGUUUUUAUAUUCGUGUGAUGAUAUCAAACUCAGAGAUAAGGAUGAUGAAAGGAUCUACCAUGAUGGCAGUAGGAAAAUUCAUAGAGAAAAGGAGUCACCUGCACCACAGGAACCAGUCAAUAUUACACCAAUUUCAGGAUUCCUUCUACUGGGAUUUUCAGAGACACAUGGACAGCAACCCCUUUUAUUUGGGCUAUUCCUCUGCAUGUACCUGAUCACUGUGUUGGGAAACCUGCUCAUCAUCCUGGCUGUCAGCUCAGACUCCCACCUCCACACCCCCAUGUACUUCUUCCUCUCCAACCUGUCCUUGGUAGACAUCUGCUUCACCUCCACCAACAUCCCAAAGAUGCUGGUGAACAUUCAGACACAGAGCACAGUCUUCACCUAUUUAGGAUGCAUCAUUCAGAUGUAUUUUUUAAUGCUAUUUGCAGUGUUGGAUGACUUCAUCCUUACUGUCAUGGCCCUUGACAGGUAUGUGGCCAUCUGUCACCCCCUGCACUAUACUGUCAUCAUGAACUCCCAGCUUUGCAAACUGCUGGUUUUGAUGUCCUGGAUCAUGAGUACCCUGAAUUCCCUGUUACAGUGCUUAAUGGUGUUGGAUCUGUCCUUCUGCUCAGACUUGGAAAUCCCCUACUUUUUCUGUGAACUCAAAGAGGUGGUCCAACUUGCCUGUUUUGACACCUUUCCUAAUGACAUGGUGAUGUACUUUUCAGCUGUGCUGCUGGGUGGUGGUCCCCUUACUGGGAUCCUUUAUUCUUACUCUGAGAUUGUGUCUUCCAUAUGUAGAACCCCAUCAGCUCAGGGGAAGUAUAACGCAUUUUCUACCUGUGUGUCUCACCUCUCAGUUGUCUUCUUAUUUUAUGGCACGAGCCUAGGAGUGUAUCUUGGCUCGGUUGGUACCCACCACUCACAGUCAAGUGCAACAACCUCAGUGAUGUACACUGUGGUCACACCCAUGCUGAACCCCUUCAUCUACAGUCUCAGGAACAAGGACAUAAAGAAGGCCUUGGAAAGAUUCCUUGGCAGGUAG